AUGUCCACCGACACUGCGUCCACGACAAGCCCCACCCCCGCAGCCUCACUACCAAAUUACACUCCGCCCUCGCCAAACUCAAUCUGCUUCACCACCAUCCCAGUCCACUCCCUCCCCCGGGCGCAAACCUUCUACACCACCGUCUUUGCCUGGACGUUCCGCCCUACCCUACCUCCCUCCUCAACCACCACCACCUCCCCUCUACCCACCCUUGCAGUUUUCCAUACGGCAGGCGACGUCAUGGGCGCACUGUCGGUCGUGGCCGAAGACGUAAAGAUCGGCGAGGAUGACAGCAGCAAAGGCAUGGUGAAUUAUAUAUUGGUGGAUGAUGUGGAUGCGACGCUGAUGAGGGUGGAGGAGGCGGGGGGAACGGUGGAGAGGGAGAAGUGGGUUGAGGGCGGGCAUACGGAGUUGGGGCUUUGGAGGGAUACGGAAGGGAAUUUGGGGGGCGUGUUGAGGUGGGUUAUGCGAUAG